AAGCAUAUUUUAAACAAUAAAUUGUGAAAUAUGUUGACCAUUGCGGUUGUAUUGUUCAGCCAGUUUAUACCGAGAUUAUGAUCGCACCACGCAACCAAGAACUUAUAGAAAUACUCAUUUUUGUCUACCACCUAACUUACGCAUAUACCCGCAACCUUUAUCUAUCGAAUAUCGCUUUUAGUGAGCCAAUAUCGAUGUAUUUCUGCGUAGCUGAUAAGAACUGAUGGGUUACCGUUGAUUUCGCGGUCAUAGCUACACCCCAUCGGAGCCGAAGUGUCAGUAUGUUCGCAAUUGUUGUCGUCGCCGUGCCGCCAAAUUGGGAUACAAAUCUUCGUUUCGUGGCAUCCGUGAGCAGCAAGGUCAUUGACAGUGUUCCAUAGUGUCUACCGUUUUCGGGAGUUAUGCAAAAAAUGCGGACAAUGCUAACGCUAACGCUGGUAUUGACGGUAGUGACGUUAGGUUUGGAGUCGGCCGAAAGUGCUAGUGAAAAUGAUUCCCGAAUCGUCGGGGGAUUUCCAGCUACUGCCAAUAAAACGAUGCAUCAGGUGUCCAUCCGGCAAAGGCAGAGUGACCAAAUCUCGUUCGGCAGUGGCCACAUCUGCGGAGGCAGUCUCAUCACAAACCGCACCAUUUUGACGGCCGCCCAUUGUCUGGUGGACAGCAACAAUCGGAAGCGAGCGGCAAGCUACUUCCGUGUGGUCGGUGGCACCGUUAACCGGACGCAGGCUUCGGAGACGACCGAAAUCCGGGACGUGUCGAAUGUGAUCAUCCAUCCUCGCUACAAUCCAAACACAUUCGACAACGAUGUGGGAAUAUUGACGUUGAGUCAACCGAUUGCGUCGGGACAUCGAACAGUGCGUCCGAUUGAUAUGGCGUUUACCAGGCCGCCUGCCGGUGCCCAAUGCCAGACCAGUGGAUGGGGUACAACGGAAUAUGGCACCUCAGGGGCAACCGUUCAGCUGAUGGCUGUCAAUAUCAGCGUGAUCCCGACGGAGCUCUGUAACAGCAGCCUCGGUUACAAUGGAAUUAUCAGACCGGGAAUGUUUUGCGUGGGAGAAUGGCAAGGCGGUCGAGAUGCAUGCCAGGGUGAUUCCGGAGGUCCGCUUGUGUGCAACGGGAUACUGGCCGGUGUGGUCUCUCAUGGUUACAGAUGUGCGGUAGCCUCCCGGCCGGGAGUAUAUGCCGAUGUGGCAUAUUAUCGGGAGUGGAUCCUGAAGAACGGUGCGGGUAGGAAUAAAGGGGUUAGUGUCACGCUAGCAAUUGUUACAUUCUCGUAUUACAUCAGUCGAUUAGUAUUUCAACACAAAUGACAAAUAGAUUGUAAAUAAAACUUU